AUGAAACGCAGUGAACGCCCAGAAUCGCCCAGCUUGCGUUCUCUUCCCCUUCACUGCCGAGGAGGUCUCGUAUGCCGUGCGGCAGUUGAACAAGUACCCCAAUACUCAGUUUGCGCUGAAGUCCGGGGGCAUAACUUCAACGCCGGUGUGUCUAGUACCAAUGGUGGUGUAUUGAUCUCCUUCAACGAAAAACUCUUGUCGGUGACUCGCCCGGCCAGCGGUGAGAGCUUCGAAGUCGGCCCAGGUGCGCGGUGGGGCAAUGUCUACGAGAUAGCUGAUAAAACAAAUUAUGUGGUGGUUGGAGGGCGCUUGGCCAAUAUUGGAGUUGCGGGGCUUACCCGGAGGAGGGCUGUCGUACUAUUCGGCGCAAUAUGUGGUCUUGGGCAACGGGGCCAUCAUCGAUGCAAUCGCACCUCUCAUUCCAAUCUCUGGUGGGCAUUGCGAGGAGGCGGCAACCAGUUCGGCAUCGUCACCAAGUUCACGUUGCAAGCCCAUAACCUCGGCGACAAUGGACAAGUCUGGGGUGGUAUCCGAUCGUACUCCGCCGACAAGCGACAAGAAGUAUUCAAGGCCAUGUCUACCUUUAUCCGAGUUUACCCAGACGCCAAAGCCGCUGUUAUUCCCACCUUUACCGUUGGGUCGCCAGACGCUAUGGGCUCGAAUCCCACGGUAUACUUCUUCUAUGAUGGCUCCGCACCUCCCACAAACGCAUUCUCCCGGCUAGAGGAUGUCGAGCCAAUCCUGGACACCACAGCGACAACGACCUAUGCUAAUCUAACCAACCAAGCCGAAGAGGAUAGUGCAUAUGGACUCAGCAUGGGUCCUCGGAUGAACACUUUUCCCAGCAUGGAGCCUGAAAAGGCUAGCCGGCUGCUCGAAGCUCAUUUUCAGCUGUACCAGAGUCGGGUCAGAAACAUCUCAAGCAGGAAUAUUGACAUUCAGAUGGGUAGAUUCACACCCCAGCCUCUGUCAGUUCGCAUCGCACGCGCCUCCACAGAUCGAGGAGGGAAUGCCCUUGGGUUAGACCCUGCAAACGGUGAUCGAAUCGAGGUGGAGAGUGACCUGAUUUGGAUCAAUCCUAUCUGCAAUGAUGCGUGUCCGGCAUAUUUUCGUGAGAUAGCAGAUCAAGCCAUGUUGAAUUUCACCAACAGCUUUGAGGGUGAGAAGCCGACGAACUAUCAUUCGGCAAUAUAG